AUGACACUCACGGAGAAUAUCGUCAGGAAUUAUUCCGAGGAGACCAAGAAGUUCUUGGCAAACUACCAUCACAUUCAUAGGGAGACGAGCAAUGGACACUUCUUCAUCAUAUGUAACGCAUCAGGUUACCUUGACAAUGAUAUACUCGAUCGUGUAUUGGUGGAGUUCCACAGGAAACCAAGGCCAGAGUUACAACUGCUUAUCAAUUCAAGUUGCAAUGUCUUAGCGGCAUGGGUGUCGCUCAUAGACCUGUUGGCUCCCAAUGACCUGCCACUCGAUAAGAUGAACUCAGUGAUCAAUGGCUUGGUCGAUGACAUGCUAUUGAGUGUAGGUGACAUGGUCCGGUCUACACUCCCACUCUACUCCAUGUACUAUAUCCUCAGGCGGUUCUACUGCUUGCAGCUCCUGUCCUCAACCCCAUCGACGUCAUCACAAAACAAGUACAAGUACAAAGUGAUCAAGCAAAUAUUGAUUGAACAUGUGGACACAACAUGUUUGGACAGGCUCAAAACAGCCAGACAAGAGUUCAAACAAUUCAAGAUGAACUCAUCAGCAAGAGAGUGCGUCAUUAGUGUUGCCUCGAAAUCGUCAUCGACAUCAUCCUUGCCCAACCCUACGCUUCCAUCAAUAGUACAUGAACACAUAAUUGAUCACCUUGUGUUGGAUAACAGUGACUUGCCAUUCAAAUCAACAUUCUUGGUGUCGUUGGCCACGGUCUCCAAACAUUUUCUCAAGUCAGUCAGGAGAUCAGUGUCCAACAAUGUGCUGCAAACACUUGCCAUGCGCUCAAUGAUCAAUUACAUUGGCUCGAACUACUGUCUGUGGGCCACACCACCUCUCCACUUGGACUACAACAGCAUCAAACACAUUCCAGAUGAGCACAUGCCCACAUGCCUAUCAAGGCUUCAAUCAUUGAUCAUUGCGUUUGGAAAGAUGUUCAGAGAAGAUGAUGAUAGUUUCUUUAGAAGUGGUACCUUUCCAGUGUUGGAAACGCCUCAACUCAGACACCUCAAGCUUGUAGAGAUCGAUCGUAUCAUAUACCAAUACCGAUACCAUUCAGGACAAGUUACCUUCAAGGAAUUAGAGUCACACAACAUGGCCAUGUACUACCAAUGGCUGUAUCAACAUUACAUCACACCAAACCCAAUGUUUCAAACGAUUGAAUGCUCAUCACUCUCCUUGGAAAACCCUCAACAAUAUAUGUGUGUGGCUCGAACCAGUGAUGGGCAUGGAGAUAGCAAGGUGGAUAUAUCAUGCGAGCUAAAUAUACAUAUAAUGCAGCUUGUAAAUGAGAUUGACGACGUGCGUAUCGACUAUCGAAUCUAA